CUUUAAUAUUCCAAACUAAAUUAAAUUUGUAAAAAUGUCAUUUCAUAUGUUAACUAUCAAAUCUUGAUUCCCGGCUGGUAGAUUGAAAAUCAUGUUAUAUUCUACGCAAGCUAAGAUAGUAAAACCACAUGGAGAAGAGCCGGAUAAGUUUGAACAAAGUAUAUCUCAAGCAUUGUUAGAAUUGGAGAUGAAUUCUGAGCUCAAACCUCAAUUAAGAGAAUUACAUAUAUCCGGGGCAAAAGAAAUUGAAGUUGAAGGCAAGAAAGUUAUUAUUAUAUACGUUCCAGUGCCUCAAUUAAAAAGUUUUCAAAAAAUUCAAGCACGCUUAGUUCGGGAACUAGAGAAAAAAUUUAGUGGAAAACAUGUAGUCCUUAUAGCCAAUCGCAAAAUCUUACCAAAACCAACUAGAAAAUUAAAAUCAUCAAAAGGUUCAAAACAAAAAAGGCCAAGAAGUAGGACUUUAACAUCUGUCCAGGAAGCAUAUUUAGGAGAUUUAGUUUUCCCAGCCGAGAUUGUUGGAAAAAGAAUACGAUAUCGGUUAGAUGGCUCAAGACUUAUCAAAGUUCAUCUUGAUAAAAAUCAGCAAACAACACUUGAACAUAAGGUUGAUAUAUUUGCCAAAGUCUACAAAAAGCUGACUGGUAAAGAAGUUGUCUUUGAGUUUGUUGUCUCUAUAUAUUGAACCAAUUAUGUUUUAUAUUUAUAAUUGAAAGUGAAAAUUAAUAAAAAAAU